UCGUUCCAUUCAUAUAAUUGAAUUGAUCGAAAAAAAUGGCAGCUUCAUUGAAUGCAUUCGAUGAUCUAAUGGCAUGCCAAUUGCAGCCAUUCAUACAAUUUAGUGGACAGAUUGGUGGCCUAGUACAGGAACAGGCUCGAUUAACAAUGGAAUCAUUCAAAGAACAACGAAAAUUCAUUGAAAUGGCAUCACAAAUGGCUAAACCAGCCAAUGAUGUACAAUUAAUGCAAUUGUUGCAACCGAUUUCACAAUUGAUCACACAGAUACAGGAAAUUAAAGAACGAAAUCGUAAACAUGAACAUUUUAAUCAUUUGUCUGCCAUUGCCGAAGGCAUUGCUGCUAUUGGUUGGGUAACCGUUGUUCCAACACCGGCACCAUAUGUAAAAGAAAUGUGUGAUUCAGCUCAAUUCUAUACAAACAAAGUGUUGGUUGCAUUCAAAGAUAAUCCGGUUAUGAUCCAUCAUAUUGAUUGGGCAAAAGCAUGGAUCGGUUUCUUGACAGAACUACAGAAAUACAUUAGACAACAUCAUACAACCGGUUUAGUUUGGUCAUCAUCAUCAUCACAGGCUGCAGCACCAUUACCACCACCUCCACCACCGCCUAUUGGAUUAGAUUUAGGUGGUAAAAGUGCUGCCGAUCAAGCUAUGGAUGAUGCACGUGCAGCAUUGUUUGCAUCCAUCAAUAAAGGUGAUGAUAUAACAAAAGGAUUACGAAAAGUAACCGCCGAUCAAAUGACACAUAAAAAUCCAUCAUUACGAUUAUCAAGUACAGUGUCUGAUAAUGAAAUGAAAAAUUUACCCAUUUCACAGCAACAACAGUCUAAAUUAGCUACACAACUUAGACCCGAAAAACUAUGUUUAGAGGGUAGAAAAUGGAUGGUUGAAAAUUUUAAAAAUCGUCAUGAUCUAUUGGUUGAUGAUACUUAUAUUCAACAAUCGGUCAAUAUUUAUCAAUGUGAAGAUUGUAUAUUAACCGUUAAAGGCAAAGUGAAUUCAAUCACAUUGGAUAAAUGUAAAAAAUUUGGCAUCGUUUUCGAUAGUAUCGUAUCGUUUGUUGAAUUAAUCAAUUGUCGACAAAUUAAAGCUCAAGCAAUGGAAAGUGUACCAACAAUUACGAUCGAUUUUACUGAUGGUGUUGAAUUAUAUCUAGGACAACAAUCAUUGAAUGCUGAAAUAAUUAGUUCAAAAAGUUCAUCGAUUAAUGUUUCGGUUCUAGCACCAAACGGUGAUUAUGUUGAACAUCCGAUACCAGAACAAUUAAAAUCCACAUGGAAUGGUAAAGGUUUUCAUACCGAAGCUAUCAGCAAGAAUUAAUUGAUUUUUAUUAUUUCGUUACUUAUUUUUUUUUUUUUUGAUGAUGAUGAAAUGAAAUAAAAUAAAUGAA